GGCCGAGUCCAUUGCAUUCCUACCAGAUUUGCCGUGAGGUUGCACCUCAGUCAGGUGUGUAGCAAUUCUUCAUUCAAUCCCGGAUGGUGCACUCGUAUGUGAACUUGUUAUUACUAUGAUAAACGUACAUUAGUUGAAGAUUUAAUGUGUUGAGUUAUCGUCUCAAUAUUCUGUCAGAGGUUGUCACGUUAAAGCCAAAAAUAUUGUGCAGUUUUUGGUGGCUAUUGCUGGACGGAUGUUUACGUGAUCCAGAUGACUAAAAUUUCUGUGAAAACAGUGCUAUUGUACAUCUUAUUAGGAGCUAGUCAAAGUGCUUCUAAAUGGCUACCGAUGAUUCCAGAUGGAUCGCAUCAAGUGAUCACAGCCGGUGCAAACCUCGUACUGACUUGCAUCUACCAAUAUCGAGACGAAUACGACGCUAAUUUCAGUAACAUUUGGUGGACUCUACCUGAUUAUGUCGAAAAAAAUACGAUUGGCGAUCUCCACACACGUCUUAGUAAAACAUUUUAUAGGAACGAGACACACUCGACAUCGACAAUCGUUUUACUCAGAGUCCGGCACACAGACACUGGUUUUUACGGUUGCGAGCAAAAUAGUUGGAACAAGAAGAAAAUCCAACAAUACGUCUACGUUUACAAUGAUAACAGCUUCGACUCCAAGUCGAGUUAUCUCACAUUCAUGGAUCCUUACGAAGCUGCUUACCUCGCCCAGCAGGGCGUGUCUCUUCACGUCCCUUGUAAACCAACCCAUCCGAACUUGAACAUCUCCGUCAUCCGUACCAGUCAGCUCACAGCAAACGGAAUAGUAUCCACGGAUUUGAAAAAAGAAUCGGGAAAAUACCAAGAAGAUUUGCUAUCCGAAUUGGAUUCGAAUUGGCUGCUGAAAGCUGAACGCGGAUUGACACUUACAAAUCCGAAAGUCGGUGACGCCGGAAAAUAUGGAUGUAUUGGCACAAUGAACAACAUCACUGACGAGAAAUAUUUCGACAUUUAUGUCAAAGGAAUGGAGGUGGUCAGAGUCGGUGAGAUGGAAGAUCCGGCGGAAGGAGCCAACGCCACUCUAAUCUGCCGAAUGUUCACUGAAACUGAAUUUUCUUCACCACCGGAAUGGAGUUAUCGAAUUAAUAAUACCGGACAAAUGCGAAUUAUAAAUGAGACUAGUCCCCCUGAAGGUAUACAAAUCAAGACGCAACGGUGGAUCAAAGAAGCUUGUAUAUCAGGAUGUAGGGAAUUUACAUACUUUGAAAGCCGAUUGGAUUUGAUGGACAUUAAAGAAAAUAGCGAGACAACAUUCCAAUGUUCAGCGUUCAUCGAUCGACAAUCAGUAUCAAAGAUAAUUCUGUUCACCCUUAAAGGAAUUAAUUACGACCGGAAACAGGAAAUCAUUACGGUUAUCGCCACUUCUGUGGCCAUCAUUUUGCUAAUGUUGUUCGUGGUCGGAAUUGGCAUGAAAUUGUACUUUGAUAAGAAAAAUGCGAAAGAAGAAAUUGCUAGAAGAUUGGGCGGAAAUCCAAAUGGAAUCAAUCCGGAUUUGCCGAUCGAAUAUCAAAUUGAAUUCCUGCCUUACGAUAAACGAUGGGAAUUCCCGAGAAAUCGCCUAACACUCGGGAUUCAACUCGGAAUCGGAUGCUUUGGACGCGUUGUCAAAGCUGAAGCAAUCGGCCUCAAAGAUUCGAAAGAAACUGUCAAAACAGUGGCCGUCAAAAUGAUUAAAUCGCAAUCUGAUGUCGUUGCCAUGGAUGCCCUUAUUAGGGAAUUAAAAAUUCUGAUUUAUUUGGGAUCGCAUUUGAAUGUUGUCAACUUAUUAGGAGCCUGCACCAAAGAUAUUGCCAAAGGUGAACUGUUGAUCAUCGUCGAGUACUGCCGGUUUGGCAACUUGCAGACCUACUUGAUCAAUCAGCGUAAUCAAUUUAUCAAUCAACUAGACGAAUUUGGCAACAUGAAAUCAGGAAUCAAUGCUGAACACCCAUACAUACGUGAACAUUUGUGUUUGUCUGCGAAUGGAAAGCGAAAUGUUGUCCAGCAAAAGGCACAUAUUGAUGGAGAUCCUGCCUAUAAUUUCACCAUUUCCACCCGAGAUUUAAUUUCGUGGGCUUUUCAAGUAGCUCGAGGAAUGGAAUACUUGGCCAGCAAGAAAGUCCUCCACGGUGAUUUAGCAGCUCGUAACGUUUUACUAGCGGAUGAUGGAGUUGUUAAAGUGGCUGAUUUCGGUAUGGCUCGUAAAAUGUAUUACGACGUCAAUUACGAGAAGAAGGGCCAGGGACUAUUGCCCGUCAAAUGGAUGGCCAUAGAAUCGUUGACAGAUCACAUCUUUUCUAGCCAAUCUGACGUCUGGUCGUACGGUGUUUUACUUUGGGAACUGUUUUCCCUGGGCAAAUUACCAUAUCCAGGGAGGAAUGCUAAAUUCGAACUGAUUAAGGUGCUCCAAAACGGAUAUCGAAUGGAGAAACCGGACAAUGCGCCCAAUUUCUUCGGCGAAAUUAUGGCAAACUGCUGGAAAAUGGAGCCGAAUGAGAGACCCACGUUUGUUCAGCUGCAGCAAAUGAUUGGCGACUAUAUGGAGCCGUUAACGGCUGCUGAUUAUUUGGAUGUCAAUGUUCCACGCCAAUCUUGUAACGAAGAGAUAAAUAGAUCGUCUUCCCAGAUGUCGACAAUGCCAAACGAAGAACCUGAUUACCAAUUUGCAAAAGAAGACGAGAUGACUCGUCUUUAAUUUUUAAAGCUCUAUAGAAUUUUACGAUUAGUCUUGAUGUGAUGUCCGAAAACCUACUGUGAUUUGUUCUGAUUUCUGCCAUGUAAAAUAUUGUUUUCUUUCCAUAAUGAAAGCCAAUUAAAAUUUUGAUUGACCUCAGAAUGCCAUAUACAAAUACCAUCUACACUCUU